UCGCGCACAAAGUCCAACCCUAGAUCCAGCCCGCGCCCCCGGCGAUCUCGGGCCAUGGCGACGCGCCGGGCCCUCUCCUCGCUCCUCCGAUCGGCCUCGCGGGUCCGCGGGGCCUCCCCGUCGCCGCGCCCGCGCGCGGCGCCGCUCCACCGCCCCUCCCCGGCCGGCUACCUCUUCAACCGCGCCGCCUCCUACGCCACCUCCGCCGCCGCCGCCACCGCCGAUGCCCCCGCCGACAAGCUGCCCCCCACCUCCGACAAGUACGUCGGCGGCAAGAUCACCGACGAGUUCACCGGCGCCGGCUCCGUCGGCCAGGUCUGCCAGGUCAUCGGCGCCGUCGUCGACGUGCGCUUCGACGAGGGCCUCCCGCCCAUCCUCACCGCGCUCGAGGUCCUCGACAACAGCAUCCGCCUCGUGCUCGAGGUCGCGCAGCAUCUCGGCGAGAACGUCGUGCGCACCAUCGCCAUGGACGGGACUGAGGGGCUCGUACGCGGGCAGAAGGUCCUCAACACCGGAUCGCCAAUCACUGUUCCUGUUGGGAGGGCCACUCUUGGACGUAUCAUUAACGUUAUUGGUGAGCCGAUUGACCACAAGGGUGACAUAAGCACAAACCACUACCUUCCUAUCCAUCGUGAGGCCCCUGCUUUUGUUGAGCAAGCCACUGAGCAGCAAAUUCUUGUUACUGGAAUUAAGGUCGUGGAUUUGCUUGCACCUUACCAAAGGGGUGGGAAAAUUGGUCUUUUCGGUGGUGCGGGAGUGGGUAAAACCGUCCUUAUCAUGGAGCUGAUCAACAAUGUUGCCAAGGCCCAUGGUGGUUUCUCUGUGUUCGCUGGUGUUGGUGAACGUACCCGUGAAGGUAAUGACCUGUACAGGGAAAUGAUUGAAAGUGGUGUCAUUAAGCUUGGUGACAAGCAGAGUGAAAGCAAGUGUGCUCUUGUCUACGGGCAAAUGAACGAGCCCCCGGGUGCCCGUGCUCGUGUGGGUCUGACUGGUUUGACUGUUGCUGAACAUUUCCGUGAUGCUGAGGGGCAAGAUGUGCUUCUAUUUAUCGACAACAUUUUCCGUUUCACCCAGGCUAACUCUGAGGUGUCUGCUCUCCUUGGACGUAUCCCAUCUGCUGUGGGAUACCAACCAACUCUUGCUACUGAUCUUGGAGGACUGCAAGAGAGGAUUACGACGACAAAGAAGGGUUCUAUUACAUCUGUCCAGGCUAUUUACGUGCCUGCUGAUGACUUGACGGAUCCUGCACCUGCUACCACCUUUGCCCAUCUUGACGCUACAACUGUGUUGUCGCGACAGAUUUCUGAGCUUGGUAUUUAUCCCGCCGUCGAUCCUUUGGAUUCAACAUCCAGAAUGCUCUCCCCCCACGUGCUGGGUAUGGACCACUACAACACUGCUCGUGGUGUCCAGAAGGUUCUGCAGAACUACAAGAAUCUCCAGGAUAUUAUUGCCAUUCUGGGUAUGGAUGAGCUCAGUGAGGAUGACAAGUUGACUGUCGCUCGUGCAAGGAAGAUCCAGCGGUUCCUGAGCCAGCCUUUCCAUGUUGCUGAGGUUUUCACUGGUGCACCAGGGAAGUACGUGGAGCUGAAGGAGGGUGUUGAAAGUUUCCAGGGUGUGUUGGAUGGCAAGUACGAUGACCUCUCUGAGCAGGCAUUCUACAUGGUUGGAGGCAUCGAGGAAGUCAUUGCCAAGGCUGAGAAGAUCGCCAAGGAGAAUGCUUCAUAAUGAGAUGCACCUUCCAUUGUUACACCCUGUACAAGUUAAAUUUUUGGAUUUCAGCUGUUGGCUCGAGUGGGACGUGCUCACAAGCAGGAGUGCCAUCUUCUGCUGAGGGAUCCUUGUUUUUGUUCUUUCUUACUCCACUUUA